UGUCCUUGCCACUUGAACCGGCCACCACCCCGCACAUCGCAACGACAGUUGGCGGGGUUGGCGAGGAGACAGGGGUCGAAGGCGGAAAACAGUACCUAUGAGAGGGGUGGCCCAAGCAAUGCGAGCCAGUACUAAUUACAGGGUGGUGUGGACAGUCUGGCACCCCGUGCUCCCGCUUGGUUCCUGAGGGGGCGGUGUGAUGGUGAACCUAAGCCAAUCGGAGAUUCAGAGACGGCCGGCCUCCGCCUAUCAGGAGUGGCGUGUCUCUGGUGUGGCAGUUGAGGAGCCAAUUGGAGAUGGAGAUGUUGCCUGCCCCUGUCAAACAGCCGCACCCGGAAGGGAGCGAUAUAGAGGCGCAUAGUUUGAGUAACCAGCCAAUCGAAGGAACGGACAGGCAGGAAGGUACAUAUAGAGCCAAUCGGAAGCAAAGAAUCUGUUGGUUUCAGCCAAUCAGAGGAGCCGGCUCUGUCCUAGGAAUUGUGGAGCCGAUGGGAGAAGCAGAGAUGUGCCCACAGCUGCCAAUAGGGCGGGGCUGCUCUGUUCGAGGCGGCUGAUUGUGGCGCUGGCCUCCCAGAGGUAGAGGGCGCAAGUACUAGGUGGCCGGGUUUCAUCAGCGCAGCUGCCGAGCAGGAGUGGAGACGGCGCUGUUGUUGUCGUACCGAGAGAUCGCCGCUGCCUCCGCUUUCCUCCUCAGCUGCGCCGGCGCCGGAGCUAGCGAGCAGAAACCGUAGAGUUAAAAAGUGGAUGUGCGGGGUAACAUGUCCAGUGUACCUGAAGACAGAAGUAUCAGACAGCAGGACAUCAAGAAAGGAUUGCAAUUUAUACAGUCUACUUUGCCCUAUCCAGGGACACAAGAACAGUAUGAGUUAUUCAUACGAGGGCUUGUUAGAAAUCUCUUCAAUGAAGGGAAUGAUGCAUACCGAGAAGGUGAUUGGGGAAGGUCACAGAGCCACUAUACAGAAGCUUUAAACAUAUCAGAUUAUGCCAAUUCUGAAGAAAUCCACAUUUCCAAUGAAAUACUAGAGAAGCUACAUGUAAACCGUAUAGCGUGUUAUUCAAAUUUGAGAUUGCAUGAUAAAGUUCUAGAAAAUUGUGAAAUAGCUUUAAGGUUAAAUGAAAACAAUUUCAGAGCUCUAUAUCGGAAAUCCAAAGCCUUAAAUGAAUUGGGAAGGUAUAAGAAGGCUUACGAUGUUGUAGCAAAAUGCUCUCUGGCUGUACCACAGGAUGAAAGUGUGAUAAAGCUGACUCAAGAACUUGCUCAGAAACUAGGAUUAAAAAUAAGAAAAGCAUAUGUCAGAGCAAGGCCAACUUCCUCAAACUCAGUUUCUGGAGAAGUGUCAAUUAAGAAUUCAAAUUCUUCUGUAGAAGAUAUUGAGUCAGAUUUAUCAGAAGAGAAACAAGAGACACUUUCUACUGUUUCCUCAUCAAAUUUUGUCCCAGAAGUGUCAAGUGACUUGGCCUCAAUACCUAUGCAAUCCGUAUCUUCUGUCAUGCCUCUUCAAGUGGAAAAGAGUUCUCUGCCUUCUGCAGUGCUGGCAAAUGGGGGAAACCUCUCUUUCUCUAUUCCAGAAGCAUGUUUAGAUUGUGGAGAUGGAGAUGAUAUUAGUAUUGGGGAAGAACUUGAUGAACUACUUGAUUCUGUACCUGACUCGGAUGAAAAUGUAACGCAAACCACAGUAGUCAGAGGACCCAUUCCGUCAGCUAGUGUAGCUCCUAAUAUAGCCUUCUCCACAACUUUGUUAGGAACUUUACCAGUUGGUGCAGGAUUUGUUCCAGCAGCCUCAUUUUCAGAAAUGUAUUCACAGCCUCUGGCUUCUUCUUUGGAAAAUUUUUGUUCCUCUUUAAACACCUUUCCAAUCAGUGACUCAAAAAGAGAUCUAUCCAGUUCAGUUUCUAGAGAUGGAACACCAACGCUUAACAGCAAUAAUUCCUCUCUUUUACUUAUAAAUGGCCCCAAUGCUUUGUUUGGGACUGAGGAUUACAUGGGAAUUGCAGGUCAAACUAGGAAUGACUUUUCACAUGUUUUUAGCAGUGGAACUGCUAACAUAGCUGUAUCUGCAUCACUUGUUGGAAGAAACCCAUUGGAAGGUACACAUGAACUAAGACAGGCCUGCCAGUUAUGUUUCAUCAAAACAGGGCCUAAGUUAUUGGAUUUCACUUACCAUCCCAAUUUAGAGCAUAAGUGUAAAAAGGAUAUUCUAAUUGGUAAAAUAAAGAAUUCUGAAGAUAAAUCAUGGAAAAAAAUACGCCCAAGACCAACAAAAACUCAGUAUGUAGGACCAUAUUAUAUAUGUAAAGAUGUUGCUGCUGAAGAAGAGUGUAGGUAUCCAGGCCACUGCACAUUUGCGUAUUGCCAGGAGGAGAUAGAUGUGUGGACUCUAGAGCGCAAAGGAGCCUUUAGUCGAGAAGCUGUCUUUGGAGGAAAUGGAAAGAUCAACUUUACAGUAUCCCAACUCCUUCAAGAACAUCACGGACUAUUUAUGUUUCUUUGUGAGAAAUGCUUUGAUCACAAACCUAGAAUAAUAAGCAAAAGGAACAAGGAUAAUUCUUCUUCUUGUUCUCACCCUGCCAUGCAUGACUUUGAAGAUAACAAGUGCCUUGUCCACAUUUUGCGAGAAACUACAGUAAAGUAUUCCAAAAUCCGUUCGUUUCAUGCUCAGUGUCAGCUAGACCUGUGCAGGCAUGAGGUCCGUUAUGGCUGUUUAAGAGAAGAUGAGUGUUUUUAUGCACACAGUCUUAUAGAACUCAAAGUUUGGAUAAUGCAGAAUGAGACAGGUAUGUCACAUGAUACUAUUGCUCAAGAAUCAAAGAAAUAUUGGCAGAAUAUGGAAGCAAAUGCACAUGGAGCACAGGUUCUUGGCAAUCAAAUGAAGCAUGGAUCUCUAAAUUUGAAAAUGAAGUUUGUGUGUGCCCAGUGCUGGAGAAAUGGUCAAGUUAGUGAGCCAGACAAAAACAAAAAAUACUGUAGUGCAAAAGCAAGACACCCAUGGACCAAAGAUCGUCGUGUGGUGCUGGUGAUGUCUAAUGAGCGUAAGAAGUGGAUGACCAUUCGUCCUCUUCCCACGAAGAAACAAGUGCCUUCGCAGUUUGAUUUGUGCAAUCAUAUUGCUUCAGGCAAGAAAUGUCAAUAUGUUGGAAACUGCUCCUUUGCUCACAGUCCUGAGGAGAGAGAGAUGUGGACCUAUAUGAAAGAGAAUAGUAUUCAAGACAUGGAGCAGUUGUAUGAAAUGUGGCUGAAGAGUCAAAAACCAGAAAAAGGAGAAGAUACAGCUACUCAAGCAAACAAAGAAAAUGGGAAGCAAAUUCAUAUGCCAACUGACUAUGCUGAAGUUACAGUGGAUUUUCACUGCUGGAUGUGUGGAAAGAACUGUAAUAGUGAGAAACAAUGGCAAGGUCACAUUUCUUCAGAAAAGCAUAAGGAGAAGGUAUUCCACACUGAGGAUGAUCAAAACUGUUGGCAGCAUCGGUUUCCAACUGGAUAUUUUAACAUUUGUGAUAGAUAUAUGGCUGGUACUUGCAUUGAAGGAAACAACUGUAAAUUUGCACAUGGAAAUGCUGAGCUCCAUGAAUGGGAAGAACGAAGAGAUGUACUAAGAAUGAAGCUCAGCAAAGCAAGAAAAGACCACUUGAUUGCUCCAAAUGAUAAUGACUUUGGAAAAUAUAGUUUUUUGUUUAAAGAUUUAAACUAAUACUAAAAUGAUGCAUUCAUGUUACCUUAUGGAAGCAUAAACUAGAAAAUUUGACAGUAAUCAAAAGCAUGUGACAGAAAAGCAGCAGGUUUUCUGCUUAUAUUGGCAUAUAAUUGUUCCUCCUGAACAGCAAAAUAUAGUAGAUAUAGGGGGAUUCAGAAGGCCUGUCUGUGUUCUCAUGAAACAGAAUGGUGAAGUAAUAAUAAUUAAAAAAAAAGAUAUAAAGUAUUACGUGCUUAUUCGCCUUCUGUUGGACAGAAUGUUAUGAAAGAGGUGGAGGAGGAGGGAGGGGUUAUAAUGUGUAGGAAGCCCCCCUAGUGUUGGUCCUUCAGAUGAAAACUUUAUGGUAAAAUUACAAAACACACUGGGUGUUUUGGGCUAAGAAGAAAAUUAUGGAUGAAAAUUCUUUAAAUGUUUUAAUGGAGAGGAUUUGUUUAAAACAAAACUUUGCUAUUUAUCUCUAUGUAGGUUGCUAAAGAGGAUUUUCUUAUUAAAAAGGAUUUUAAGCAAAAUAACCAUUUAACUACAAUAUAUGUUGAAUGGGGUAUUUUUUCUCUAUUUGUAUAUUUCAAUAUAAUUUACUGAAAAGGAUCUUGGGAGAAAAAUGUAUUGAUUUUUUUGAAAAUCAAGUAGUUAAAAUUCUGUUUCUUGGUCAUUGCUGUUUAAAUGAUGAUUUUGAAAGAUUACACUUGUAUGUCAGUAUUGUGUAUUGUAUGAACCAAUGUUACCUGUAAUAAAGAUAACUUUACAUAAAGCUA